ACCAACAACCAACAACCGACAACCAACAACCUCAAAUCUCAAACCUCGCUAUUUAACACACGAACGAACCAUUUCCAACCACUUACGGCUUUAUCUCAAUCCUUUCCAAACAACAACUGCCAUCAAGAGAAAAUCACACAAAGUGUCUCAAGCAACCAAUCCAAAAAAAAGCAAAACCAGACUCACAAACCCCAAACCCAAACACCCAAAGACAAGCAGGCACCCUUCAAUCAUACAAAGAAAAAAAAAGAGAUCCAUCCACAAUGUCGGACGCAAACGACAACGACUUCACCCAGCUCUCCCCCUCCUCCUCCUCCACCCCCGGCGCCAGAACCCCCGCCGACGCCUCCAUCUCUAAAGAACACGGCCUCGCCUACUGGGAAUCCGUCAGCGCCGACGAGAACGGCAUGCUGGGCGGGAUCCCGAGCUUCGCCGGCUUCGCCAACACCUCCAAGAUCGACCUGCAGGGCUCUCGCAAUUUCCUCGCCAAGUUCGGCAUCGGUUCCAAGUCAGGCCUGCGCAGGUGCAAGCGCAUCUUAGAGGGCGGGGCGGGCGUGGGCAGGAUCACGGAGGGGUUGUUGACUGAACUACUUGAUGAGGAGAAGGGAGGGAAAGUGGAUGUGGUUGAGCCGAUUGCCAAGUUUACGGCCAAGUUGCAGGGGAAAAAGGGUGUGGGGAGGGUGUAUGUGAUGGGGUUGGAGGAGUGGGUGCCUGAGGUGGGGGAAGGAGAGAAUAAGUAUGAUUUGGUGUGGACGCAGUGGUGCGUGGGACAUUUGACGGAUGAGCAGUUGGUGGCGUAUUUGCAGAGGUGCAAGAGCGCGUUGAGCGAGGAUGGGUUGAUUGUGAUCAAGGAGAACACGACGGUGUUGGGGAAUGAUGAGUUUGAUCAGGAGGAUAGUAGUGUUACGAGAGGCGAGGCGACAUUCCAGAAAGUCUUCCAAAAGGCUGGGUUGAAGGUUGUCAAGGCCGAGUUCCAAAAGGGCUUCCCCCAGACGAGGACUAUGAAGCUUCUUCCGGUGCGCAUGUACGCUCUGAAGCCUUGAGUGUCUGGAGAGGAAGAACAAGUACCGCGAUCAAAGUCACCAUAAAGCGUACGCGGAGACGAACGGCCGGCACGAUUACACCAGGUUUACCAUUAUUGAGGGGUUACGGACACCUUCGGUCUACGUGGAAUGGUAGGCACCCAAGAGUGAGAAGGCCGUCACCUCCAGGUUCUUAUCUUUCUGAGUCCAUGCGUCCGGGGGCAUGUCAGAUACAAUAUCGGUAGAACGACGACAUCUCCUUAGACUUUUUAUCGAGGACAAUUGGCAGAAUUUGAGUUGGAACGACAUCAUACCGACAGGUCGUGGACUGUUUUUGUUGAGCAUUAGGGGACAGCUCCAACCCGGAUUAUCACCAGGUAUUAAUUAGAUCAUCUCAAGUUCGUCUCGUUUACAUAUUAAGUUCGACAAAGCAUUAGAGAACUAUAAAUACACCAGAUUCUUUCAACAGCCGUGAUC